GUUUUUUGCAAUGGAUCCAUGGUGCUGGCACUUCCUGAGCCGCGUUUUCGCUUUCCGUGCACAGGGCACAACACGUGUUUCAGCUAUGAUACCGUGCUCGAGUGGAUAGGACCCCAAAAGUCAUUCUGGUUCGUCGUUUGGGCCCCUUACUGUUCCCUUGCUGCAAUCCACAACCCUCUCCUCGGAGUCAUGACGUAAAAAUCACGUGAUCCGCGUCAUGGGGGCAGACUCGUAUCCUAGUUUGUGCUUAAACUCUCGCUAGCUUCAGCGCUCGUCUCCUGGGCUACCCUAAUUUUCAGACAUUCUUUUUUUUUUUCAAAACCUGUACUGGCACCCAAGUACUCUCCUCCUCCUGUUCCCCCCCCCUCUUUUCCCUUCUCCACCCGCAAACACAAUUCCACAUCUCCUCCACACAGCAAUCAUUCCUAGGCACAAAUUACCCAAGAACAGGAUGAGCAGUGGAAUGAUCGACCUCGGGCAGAUGGCCCCAGAGGCAUUCCAGCGCGUCCCGCCCAAGAAAGGCCGUGGAGCUCGUGCUACGAAGUCUACACCUUCCACCGCCACCGCUACCACCACCACCGCUACCACAUCCAUGGUACCGGAUCCAGCCACUGCCCUUCCGGCUCCCGUCCCCGCCACUUCCUACCCCGCAGUCGAUAGAACCCUGGUCCCAAUCUCCACUAACGUCUACCUGGACCGCUCCGCCCACACCGACGAGCAAGAGCCGGCGGAUCCGGACCUCCCCUUCCUAUCGAUCCCUCUCCCCGGAGAGUCCACGGAUUCAGUGCCAGUCUAUGACUCCUGUGAUGAGCUCCGCCGCAAAAUCCGUGCCUUCUUCCGCAACCCGAAGUACUCCAAGGUCACACAAAAGAAGUUUCGUGAGGCCAUUGGUAACGUGAACGCCAAUACCUACAGGAGGUUCAUGGAGAAGAAGGGUGAGACUGCGGGUGCGGAAUGUGGCAUGUUUUAUGGGAGUUACGUUUUCUUCGAGAAGAUGAGAGUUUAUGAGGGGAAAGCCAAGGGCGUUCGCAGGGUUAGAAGUGAGAUUGAUUUCUCGCAUGGAAGACCUAUGAUCGACGAUAACCGCCGUGGAGUCUGGGUCAUUGGCAGAGCUCCCGCAAAGGGAAGCGGGAGUAGGAGAAAGGGGUGGUAUUGAUACUUAUGUCAUCGUGUCUUACUUUUUCUUCUUCAAUCUCUUCUACCGUAUAUCGCCUUUUUCACCCUCUCUACUCUUUUCUCUUUUUUUGUUUAGGGAAGGCCGGUCGAUGGUACCGUAUAUUUCUUGAUCAAAAAUCUUCAUGGGUCUUGUUCUGUCUUGUUUUCCGGUGAUUUUCUUGGGCGGCUUUAGUGAUUUUCAAUUGUACCCUUAUCCUAUCACGUGUAAUUGUG